AUGGAUCUGUUCGAGACCAAACAGCACGCCGCCGAUGGGCGCAUUGAACGCGAGGCCGAUCCCAAUGGCGACUGCCGACGAGAGGUACUCUCUUUUCACCGCCUCGUUCUGCGUGAGCGGGAGCAGGUUGAUGAAAAACUGCAUCACCCCCAUGGAAAUGUGCACAAGAGGGCCCUCUAUACCGAGAAACAGGCCGCUGGAGACGACCAGCACGAGACUCGCGACCUUGGACAUUAUCAUGCUGAUAUUCAGAAAGUCGGGGAUGUUGGUGCCGGAAAGAAUCGAUUUUAUCUCCGGGAUGCCUCCGUGCGCGAUGUAGUUGUGUUUGGACGCCAGGAGAGCGCCAAAGAGCGCGAGAACGAGCACGAUCAUGAUGUAGACGAUGAAGUCGUUUGUGCGGCGCAGAAGAGUGCUUUUGGUGAAAAAGAGGAAAUACGUGGACCAAUCGGCCAGGUCGUCGCAUUCGUACGCAGGAAUCAGCACAUUUUGCUUGCAGACGCCCGAUUUGAGCCCGUGCAGGUACAUGGAGACGUAGUCAAUGGCGAUCGUGAGCAGCGCUAUGGCCACAGACGAGGAGAUCAGGAGGAUCCAGUGCAGAUUGGAGUAGAUGAGCUGGCCAAGACGAGUGGUCUCGGGGGCCUUUUGUUUGCGGGCCUCCGCCAGUUGUGCGUACUCUCUGUCCCAGUCAAUAAGCUCAAGCGGCCCGUAGGGUCGCGGCUCUGUGGGGGUUGUUUCGAUAUCCACUAUGCGGUUGUACGACAGGAUGCGAAGCGACAUGCGAAAAAAUUAAGAUUUAAGAGUGGAGGAUUUACGUAUUUGAUGUGUUGGCGUAGAAGAGCUCCGAGGGCUCUGGACGGAGAAUUGGGCUCAUUCGGUCGUUUCUGGAUCUUGCGGCUAGUGGCGUGUCCUUGGACACCUCAGGGGCCACCAAUAGACGGUAAGACGAUAGACGCACCGACGCAUCUGAAGCUGCCAAAUUCGGACAAAUAA